AUGGUAACUGGAGUAAGACAAGGGACAGUGGGAAGACCCUUCCUGUUCAAUUUCGCCACGACAUGCGUAGAUCUGUGUCCUGCAGAUAUCAUUCUAGCACCAUCAGCACAGCCCUUGACCGAUCUCGAGUACGCUGACGAUGUUGUUAUAUUCGCGGAAAGCAGUACGAAACAUCAACAUGUUGUCAACCUUGUAUCGAAGCUGGCUGCAGCCUAUGGACUACGUCUACGCCCUGAUAAAUGCAAGCAGAUGUGGAUCGAGAUCUCUUCGAGACCUCGAACGGGAAUCAGAGUGGACGGACAACCGAUAGAACUCGUCGAUGAGUUCUGUUACCUGAGCUGUACGCUGAAGAACAACGGCAGCUACGAGAGAGAUGUUCAGCAGAGAUGUGCUAAAGCCACUUCUGCACUUAAUUCCUUAAUGAAGUGCCUGUGGUCGACCCCCAUCACCAACGAAGUCAAGCUGCGAGUUUACCUAUCCGCAAUUCGCCCCAUCAUGAUGUUUGGAUCGGAGACUUGGGCAGCACCAUCAACGGUGAUGGAGAGGCUUGAUUGCACGGAACGAAAGCUGCUUAAACGGCUACUUGGCUACUUUUGUCCUAAGGUGUGCCACAAUGAAGACCUUUACGCAGAAAUUGAUGUAGUACACAGGCGGAUGACACGUGGAAGAUAUCAACAUCUUGCAGCGCAUUCGAAAGUGGCUACAGAGAAUUGUCUCCGCUUCUUUGGUCAUAUAUUAAAGAGAUCAGCAGAUCGCCUUGUUCAGCGAGUUCUGAGCAGCUUGUCGGGUUCAAGCCGAAAGAGGCUACCUGGCCGAAAAGGGAAGUUUUGGACUGAGGUAGUAAAAGAGGACCUGAGGACACUCGGUGUGGAUAGGCAGUUUGGACAAGACGUAAGGUUCCGCAGGAUAUGGAAUAGCAACGAAUGA